AUGGAAGUGGACAAGAUGCAGUCGCUGUUCACGACAAUUAGGAGAAGAUCGGACCCGGUUUUGUGCAGGAGGAUUUGGGAAGCAGUGAAUGAAAUACACGCUGACAAUGAAAAUGAUAGCGACCCAACUCCACCGGACGUUUCCUUGAUUCUAGCAAAACUGACGGAAGCAGAUCCUUCGCUGGAAAAGCCAAAAAUCAUCGAUGAAUGCGAGAAGAUGGUCGAAGAUGAUCUUCUUUAUCCAACUUGUACAGUAUCGAACACAGGCGAAGAACACUGGAAAUUUUCAAUUCCUUCUUACGCACCAAGGGGAACCGGUCGCGCACGAGAUUGGUACUGCUUCGUUUGUCAUCAACCAGGAGAAGUUCUCGGCUGCCGAACUUGCUUCAGAUCGUAUCACAUCAACUGCCUCUCAGAAGCGCCCAGAACGAGCACAAGCCGGAACCAGAAAAUCGACGAGAACUGGACCUGCCUUUGGUGCAUAUUUUUAAAGCAGUCAAUGGAGAAAGCGUUCAAUCCUGAAAUCUUCAAAAAGUCAAUGAAGAUGCUUCUGAAAAUGAUCUCACAACAACACAGAGUGCUAGAUACACCCAUGCUGCCGCUAGAAAAGAACUUUGUCUUUCGCCACGCCAGUUUGCUGCAAAUUAAAGACCUGGUCGAAGGAAAUAUGAUCAAAUGUCCGGAACAGUUCGAGCUUGAGGUGCGGAAUAUCGUUCACAACUUUCAUGUCUACUUUGGACCCAAUGACAGCAAAACUGCUCGGGCUGAGCAUGCUCUUCUAAAUACCCGCGAAUAUGUACAAGACAUGGAUCCCUGUAUCGAGUGCUUUUGGAACAAGUAUGAAUCCUGGCCGCAGAUCUCCGACAAAUGGCGAGUGAAAACCUGCAACCCGGCGCAUUUCAUCGCCCGCGUAAAACACAAAACCUUUGGCUACACGCCUGCCAAAGUGUUGUCCUCGUUGUUGGCCGCCGAAGUGCAAGUGAUGUUCUUUGCUGGAAAGGCGGAAAAAGUCACCGUCGAUCGAGGAUCAGUUUGUAAAAUGACAGAUGAAAGUGGAGAAAACGAGAAGAAGAGGAAAAGCGCACAAGUUACUCAAGCACAUCUGAAAACAAGGGCAAAAACAGCGUCUUAUAAAACUCGCGAAUUUCGCGCUCUUGAGGAAAUGAAAGAGCACAUAAAAGCCCUGAGAAAACGAUUUGGCGCGGAUACAGUCAAUCGGGCUUUGAACUUCGAAUCGGGCGAUGCUUCUUCUACCAACACUUCUACAGUCGAUACCAGUAACCUCGUUGAAAUCGAAUCUGUAAGCCAAGAAGAAGCAUCAAGCAUGGAAACAGAUGUAAAUGGAACUUCUGAAGAUCAAACUUCGAAAAGCCAGGAAGUCCAAAAGCGAAAUUUACGGAAAAAGGAAUCGACAGAGAAUAAAAAAGACAAUCUCGCUUCAGACCUUGGACUUUUGGUCGAGCGAUGCGAUCAGAGCGUACAAACCGACCCAUACCGAAGCCGUGAGGACAUGAAAACCAUCAUGCAUCUUCGAGAACAACUGGAACAUGAAAUGCGACGAUCGAACGAGCUCAAAAUCAAGCAUAACGCGAUUCUAGCGGCCGAAGUUCAAAAGGCAAAGCGCAAAAGCUGGUGCAAUAUUUGCAGCAAAGAAGCAAGAUACCACUGCUGCGCGUCCUUCUUUUACUGUGGAACUGAGUGCCAGAGAAACGCUUGGAAAGACGGCCAUCAGGAGAUUUGCAAAAAGCGCUCUAGCCAAAAACGCCCAAAAUCGAGCAAAUCCGAAACGCCGGAACACCAGGCCGAUAAGAGGCAAAAAACUGCAUAA